CCUUUAAGAGCCGCCACCGCCCACGGCCCGCCGCUGCGGCAGGGACCUCCCCUUUAACGGCGGCAACUCUACGCUCCGCUGACCCCACGGCGGCUGCCGCGGCUAACUGCAGCUUCUGCUGCCUUCGCCGCCGGCCUCGGGCAGCCGCAUCCUCACCCGGGCUGGGUCCCCGCCCCGCCAUGGUGUCCUGGAUCAUCUCUCGCCUGGUGGUGCUCAUCUUUGGCACCCUGUACCCUGCCUAUUCUUCCUACAAGGCCGUGAAAACCAAAAAUGUGAAGGAAUAUGUAAAAUGGAUGAUGUACUGGAUCGUCUUUGCCUUCUUCACCACAGCUGAGACUCUCACGGAUAUCAUUCUGUCCUGGUUUCCCUUCUACUUUGAGCUCAAGAUCGCUUUUGUGAUAUGGCUAUUGUCCCCUUACACCAAGGGCUCCAGCGUGCUCUACCGAAAGUUUGUGCAUCCAACACUGUCCAACAAGGAAAAGGAGAUUGACGAAUACAUCACGCAAGCCCGAGACAAGAGCUAUGAGACCAUGAUGAGGGUGGGCAAGAGGGGCCUAAACCUGGCGGCCAACGCUGCCGUCACAGCUGCUGCCAAGGGCCAGGGGGUGCUAUCCGAAAAGCUCCGGAGCUUCAGCAUGCAAGACCUGACUCUCAUUCGGGAUGAGGAUGCUCUGCCGCUGCAGGGGCCAGACGGCCGCCUCCGACCUGGCCCCGGGGGUCUCCUAGACACUAUUGAGGACUUAGGAGAUGACCCUGCCCUGAGUCUAAGGUCUAGCACAAGCCAGGCAGAUCCCCGGACAGAGACCUCAGAAGACGAUCUGGGAGACAAGGCACCCAAGAGGACCAAACCUAUCAAAAAAGUGCCCAAAGCUGAGCCGCUGGCUUCCAAGACGCUGAAGACCCGACCCAAGAAGAAGAGUUCUGGAGGCGGUGACUCAGCUUGAGGUCCUGAGCUCCCCCCACCCCUCCAUCUCUAGGACAGUGGCACUGGGAGGAACUGCAGCCCUAGCCCCUCAACAGUGGGCCACUAGCCCAAGUGUUUCAGACCCGCAAACCCCCUAGAUGGCCAUUUCCGGUGCCCCCUCCCCGUGGGUACUCCUCCGGAGGGGGCUCAACAAAGAGGGGGAGGCAGGCCCAGUGGUAAGGCUGAGGACAGAGCCUACUGACUAAGCCCUUCAGGAGGUGGGGGCUCCUCGGCCAGCGUUGGCUCUUCUCGAUGCUCUAGCCCCCACCCUGCCCACCCAGUGCCUUGCUGAAGACCAUGGCCAUCUUCUUCUCGGAGGCCUGGCAUGCCUCCACUGCUCUUCCUUGAAUGGAGGCAGUAGCCACAGUCCAGAAAGACCAGGGGAGAGGGGGCCUUGAGAAGAUGAAGAGGUGGGGCAGGUCUGUCUGAGAGGGGGGAGUAUUCCUCUAGCACAACUCUUGAGUAGAAGACACCGGCUUUAGAUGACCAGCCCAGUCAUGCCAGAACUGCAGUUGGUAGGGCCAUGCCCUGUAUACCACCCCCAAAAGAGAGGCAGGCUUCCAAGGGUGUGCAUGCUGGGGAGGUUGUGUGAAAGUGGUCCCCUCCUCCCCACUUCUUCCUUUUUCACCCACCCCUGCUGGUCUCAGCCUCAGAGGACUCAAGCCCUUGACAGAAUGAGACU